GGCUGCAUCUCAUACUAAACUCACACAGAAUCGCACACACGGCCACGGAGAGAGUGCUCAACAUAAGACACACACGUACGGCGCUACCUGCCUGAGCAGAGCUACAGGAAAACACACACUCACAGAAAACAUAGGAGUGGACGCGGCGAACCGUGGGUGUAGAAGGGGAUCAUUCUUAAAGGACAGACUGACCACUGGACUUAAAGGAUUUAAAGGACAUGUGGUCUUUUGAAGAGGAGGGGAACACAACCUGGAGAGAGGGGGUGUAUUUUUGGAAUUGAAACGGGGGAGGAGGGGCGGAGAUUUUUCCCACUCUUCCGGAAUGACCAGUGAGCAUUUGGGCCAAGGGGAGUAGGGAGAGGGAGAAGGAGGGGGCAAUUUUUUGGGUGAGCUGUUGUUUUGGGGGGCGUAUCGUGGGUGUGUGUUUAGACACACAAGUCAUCCGUUUCUGGGUGUGCAGGGGGUGUGUGUGAUCGUGUGUCGAUACACACAGGCUAUUCCGUAUGCUGCAGAUGGUUCGCACCCUCGCCCAGUUCUCUAUAGCGCUGGACGAGAUGCAAGAGAAUGGAGAGAACACCAGCGAAGAAGGAAGACAAGAGAGAGAGGAGGGAGGAGGAGAGGAACUGAUGGACAGGGAUGCAGCUGAUCGCCAUGGGAACACUAACGGGAAUGCAUCUGGGAGUGCCAAUGGAAAUGGAACUGGGAACACGAACAGGAAUGGAACUGGGAGUGCCAAUGGGAAUGGAAAUAUGGCAAACGGGAAUGGUCUUGGAGCCGAUAUGAGAAGACAUGUCAUGAUGACCCUCCUGGACACUGAGCAGUCUUAUGUGGAGUCGCUCCGGACACUCAUACAGGGCUAUAUGCGGCCUCUGAAGCAGCCAGACAGUGGAUCCCUAGUUGAUCCCUCAUUGGUGGAUGAGAUGUUUUAUCAGAUCCCAGAGAUCCUGGAGCACCAUGAGCACUUCCUGGAACAGGUCACCGGCUGCAUUAGCCAAUGGCACGACAGACAGACCGUGGGUCAGUUGCUUAUCCAAUCGUUCUCCAAAGAGAUUCUUGCUAAUAUUUAUUCAGCAUACAUCGAUAACUUUCUGAACGCCAAAGACGCAGUGAGGAUCGCAAAGGAGGCCAAGCCGGCAUUCCUCAAGUUCCUGGAGGUGAGUAAGUACCAGGGCAAGAUCUGUUUCUGGAUCACUGGAACUUAG